ACCAAUAACCAGAAAAAAAACUACCGAUGCAUUCUUUGCUGCCACGCUCUUCAACACCAAAACCUCUACUCUACGAUGGACCCUUUGCUGCCAGUAGUCGAAGACCCAAAUGCCUUAAUACAAUAACAGCAAUAUCUAAAGCCAAAAGCGAAAACAAGGCUGAUGAGGAUGACUAUUAUGCCACUCUCAAAGCUCUCAACUCUAAAGGUCGUUUUCCAAGAAAAUCACUUGGCCAGCACUACAUGCUGAAUUCGUCGGUAAAUGAGGAACUAGUUGCUGCUGCUGAUGUGCAAGAAGGAGAUUUGGUGGUUGAAAUUGGGCCUGGUACAGGUUCCCUUACAAAUGUUCUUGUCAAUUCUGGUGCCACUGUCCUUGCUAUUGAAAAGGAUCCCUACAUGGCAGCCCUUGUAACGGAGAGAUUUUCUAGUUUGGACUGUGUAAAGGUUUUGCAAGAAGAUUUCACAAAAUGUCAUAUACGCUCCCAUUUGUCCACAGUUUCGCAAAGUGCAAGAAAUUCUUCAGGUGUGAAACCGCAAUAUGCAAAGGUAGUCUCCAAUUUACCUUUUAACAUAAGUACAGAAGUAAUUAAGCAACUUCUUCCCAUGGGUGAUAUCUUCUCAGAAGUAGUUUUGUUACUCCAGGAGGAAGCUGCUGUGCGCAUGGUGGAUUCAUCCUUAAGGUCCUCUGAGUAUCGACCCAUUAAUAUUUUCAUCAACUUCUAUUCAGAUCCCGAAUACAAAUUUAAGGUGCCAAGGACAAAUUUCUUCCCACAACCUAAAGUUGAUGCAGCUGUAGUUUCCUUCAGACUGAAGCAACCUGUUGAUUAUCCUCCCGUUUCUUCAGCCAAAAGCUUCUUCUCAAUGGUCAACUGUGCGUUUAAUGGAAAACGUAAGAUGUUACGGAAGACACUACAACAUAUAUGCCCUUCUCUUGAGAUUGAAGAAGCUCUUGUUAGUGCUGGUCUUCCAUCCACGUCAAGGCCGGAGGAGCUUGCACUAGAUGAUUUUGUGAGGCUGCAUAAUUCGAUUGUUAAAGCCUAGGAUUUUCUGGUGUCACUUGGUGCUGAGCUUUCUGAGGAUACUUGAUAGUAGAGGCUGCACCGUUCUUGUUAGCUUUGAUAUCUUAAGCUUCACUGGUAUCAGAAUCUGGAAUAGGGAGUCAACAAGCCUGGAGCAAUAUCAGCAGCUAGAAAUUCAAACAGCUACAGUUGACAGCAAAAAGAGCAACCCCACAACACUUGAUUUGAGCCUCUCUUGCUACUGUUGUCAUAUUCUUCAAAGCCUUAAUCCAUUCAAUGCAGCACAAAGUACUGAGAGAAUUGUCAAGCUUCAGAUCUGAGUGUAAAUAUUUUAAGCACAUCGUACUUCUUUUACACUAAUUAGUAGAGUACUAAUUACAAACGAAUAAUGUAUUCGGGUAUAUGUAUAAAAGAUAAUCUUUUGCAUCA